AUGAAGUUAUCCGGUGUUUUCGACUCAGUGAAAACGAACGGCGAAGCGGCGACCCCCUCCAGUCCGGUCAAACCCGUCGCUCAAGCCGGUAUCUCUUUCGGCGAUGACAAUCCGAUGAAAUCAAAAGGCGCAACGGCUGGAUCGAAGAGUCCGAUCAAACCAAUCGGCAAAACCGGUGCCUCUUCUGGUCCCAACCUCGGCGUUAGGGGCAGAGCCUCUGUCUCGCCAGGCACUAAAGGCAAAGCUAUCGUCUCUGACAACGUAGGGGAGGUUAUUACCUUCAAAGACGUGACAUUCAGGCCCCAUGAAGACGAGGUGCGGUUUCGGUUGAUCCACUUUUGGGAGGCUUGGAACGUUCAGACGAAGGUGCUUAUCGGCCUCGAAAUGCUUCUCAUCGAUGAAGAGGAAAGUGUUAUCCAGGGCUUCAUCCCCUAUGGAAGGAUUGAGACCUAUUUGCCUCACCUGAAAGCUGGUUGUACUUAUCGACUCAACAAGUUUUUCGGAUCAAAGAGCAAGACUAUUUACCGGGUAGCUGAGCCAGAUGUCACUAUUAGCUUCUCAUGGAACUCUGCCCUCUCUGUUCUCGAGGACAGUUCGAUCCGUUUCCCUGAGGAUCGGUUCCGUAUCCAUGGAUUCAGAGAGUUCGAUGCUGCUUCCGACUUGAGAGGUGAUCUUUCUGACUAUAUUGGCCACAUCAAACUUGUGAAUGAGAAGGUUCCCAGUGACAGUCUCCUGCUUGAUGAAGCAGAGAUAGCUCCAUCCCGCCGAGUUGAGAUUCAUGUUCAAACACAUGACGAUCCUGUGAUGAAGUUGUAUCUCUGGGACAAGGCUGCCUUUGAGUUCUGUGAAAAGUUUAAAGCAUCUGGAGGCACUGCCCGUGUCAUCUUAGUCACCACCUUAAACCCGAAGCUGUUUGGAGGCGUCCUGUCUCUAUCUGCCAUGGCGUCCUCGCGGGUAUUUCUGGAUAGUGAUGUCCAAGAAAUACUCUUCUACCUCAGUUGGUUGAACUCGAACUUGGAUGUUGCCAGCAGAGUUAAUGCAGAGGUGGUCGUCAAGCCUGAGCCAGCGACUUUGGGAGAACUCUUCUCCUAUAUGAAUCAGGCAUCCUCUAAGGUUGCUUGGUUUGAGUGCACAGCAACUAUUGAUGAUGAUGUUGUGCACGGGCCUGGAUGGUAUUAUAUAGGCUGCGGUGUGUGCCAUACUAAGGCAACCAAAGGGCCCACAACGCUUAUGUGUAAGAAAUGUGGGAAGAGUGAAAUUGUUGGUGUAGCGCAGUACCUGACGAAGCUCUCUGUGUAUGACCAUAAUGAUCAAGCCGCCAAUGAUAGUGUUGGAGGGGAUCACAUAGUUCCAGUGCCUCAAGCUAUGAUUGAUACCAUUGGACAUACGCGGAAGUUUAUUGUGAAGGUAUCAAAUCACAAUCUGACUGCCAAGAUCCAGACUCUGCCUGUGACAAAGGUGCUCCCACCUGAUGCCCCAGAACCUGAAGGCAAUUUAGGAGAGAACGUUGGUGAGAAAGGUGAUACUGAGGGAGAGGAUAAUGCAGAUGAGUCGGUGAAAAGGGGUGCUGAUGUGAUCGAGUCUGAAGGUGUGAAGGGUGCCAAAUGUGGCUGA